AUGUUCCGCACCGCAGUAAUGAUGGCGGCCAGCCUGGCGCUGACCGGGGCCGUGGUGGCUCAUGCCUACUACCUCAAGCACCAGUUCUACCCCACUGUGGUGUACUUGACCAAGUCCAGCCCCAGCAUGGCCGUCCUGUACAUCCAGGCCUUUGUCCUUGUCUUUCUGUUGGGCAAGGUGAUGGGCAAGGUGUUCUUUGGGCAGCUGAGAGCAGCAGAGAUGGAGCACCUUCUGGAACGCUCCUGGUACGCGGUCACCGAGACGUGUCUCGCCUUUACCGUCUUCCGGGAUGACUUCAGCCCCCGAUUCGUUGCCCUCUUCACUCUUCUCCUCUUCCUCAAGUGUUUCCACUGGCUGGCUGAGGACCGGGUGGACUUUAUGGAACGCAGCCCCAAUAUCUCCUGGCUCUUUCACUGUCGCAUUGUCUCCCUCAUGGUCCUUCUGGGUGUCCUGGACUUCCUCUUCGUCAGUCACGCUUAUCACAGCAUCUUGACUCGAGGGGCUUCUGUUCAGCUGGUGUUUGGCUUUGAGUACGCCAUCCUGAUGACUAUGGUGCUGACCAUCUUCAUCAAGUAUGUGCUGCACUCCGUGGACCUCCAGAGCGAAAACCCGUGGGAUAACAAGGCUGUGUACAUGCUGUACACAGAGCUAUUCACAGGCUUCAUCAAAGUCCUGCUGUACAUGGCCUUCAUGACCAUCAUGAUCAAGGUGCACACCUUCCCGCUCUUCGCCAUUCGGCCCAUGUACCUGGCCAUGAGGCAGUUCAAGAAAGCUGUGACCGAUGCCAUCAUGUCUCGCCGAGCCAUCCGCAACAUGAACACACUGUACCCAGAUGCCACCCCAGAAGAACUCCAGGCAGUGGACAACGUCUGCAUCAUCUGCCGAGAAGAGAUGGUGACCGGCGCCAAGAGACUCCCCUGCAAUCACAUCUUCCACACCAGCUGCUUACGCUCCUGGUUCCAACGGCAGCAGACCUGCCCCACCUGCCGCAUGGAUGUCCUUCGGGCAUCACUGCCCACCCAGUCUCCGCCGCCCCCUGAGCCUGCCGACCAGGGACCACCUCCUGCUCCCCACCCCCCGCCACUACUGCCCCAGCCCCCCAACUUCCCCCAGGGCCUCCUGCCACCCUUUCCUCCUGGCAUGUUCCCCUUGUGGCCCCCCAUGGGCCCCUUCCCACCUGUCCCACCGCCCCCCAGCUCUGGAGAGGCUGUCGCACCUCCAUCCACGAGUGCAGCCCUUUCUCGGCCAAACGGAGCAGCCACACCAGGUACUGCUGCUUCCACUGUCGCCGGUGCCACUGCACAGGCCCCUGGCUCUGUCCCUGCCCCUGAAGCUGGCCCAGCUCCCGGCUUCCCCUUCCCACCUCCCUGGAUGGGGAUGCCCCUGCCUCCACCUUUUGCCUUUCCCCCGAUGCCCGUGCCCCCCGCGGGCUUCGCCGGGCUGACCCCCGAGGAGCUGCGGGCGCUGGAGGGCCACGAGCGGCAGCACCUAGAGGCCCGGCUACAGAGCCUGCGCAACAUCCACACGCUGCUGGACGCCGCCAUGCUGCAGAUCAACCAGUACCUCACUGUGCUGGCCUCCCUGGGGCCCCCUCGGCCUGCCGCUUCCGUCACUCCUGAGGAGGCUGCCCCUACGGUGGCUGCUGCUACCUCCUCCACUAGUGGCCCUAGUUCUGAGGCCACAACCCCAUCCUCGGGAGCCUCCCCACCAGCCCUCGAACCUGAGAAGCCUCCAGUGGGCACUGAGGAGCUGCCCGAAGACGGGGAGCCUGAUGCAGCAGAGCUCCGCCGCCGGCGUCUACAGAAGCUGGAGUCCCCUGGAGAAGUAAACCCCAGCUCUGAGGCACGGCCUCCUGAGCCAAGUGGAAAGAGGCGCAAGUCCCCAGCUGGCUCCAGGCAGCCCACCCCAGGCAGCUGUGGCGAGCUGGAGUGGUCCCAGCCCUCGUCCUGCUAG